AUGGAUGUCGAAGUUUCGCCAUGUCAGGUCGAUGAAGGUGGUAACAAAGCUACCACGCCGCCACCCGAAUCUGAAGAUGCUACCAAAACGCCGAAUGCGAACAAGGGCUCUCCGAAAGUACAUAAUAGUGAGCUGGUGUGUAUCGAUGUUGAUCUAGAUGGCUGCUGUGAAGCCACGGGGAACAUUUUUUGUUGUUUCUUGGGAUGUAUCUGCGGUGCUCAAGGCUGAGAAUUCUGUUGAUGGCAAUCUUUUGGUUCUUUGGAAGUGCUGA